CAAGGUCGCCAAAUCGACAAGGUGGUAAUUAAUUCCUGCAUCUACUGAGGUGUUGACGUAGUAGUCGGGGUACUCCAUUAUGAACUUCUGGACACCAAGAUUUCAUUGAUUUAUUUCGUAAUCCUGACUAAAUAAUGUGGUCUCUGGGAGAUGUUUGCAUUUAUCAGCAUGAAAACAAAGUUUAUGAUUUAUUUGUUAUUGAGGAAAUCAAUUUGGAAAACUCACUUGUUACUGUUCGUUCAAGCAGUUACACAACUUCAUGUUAUUUCAGUGAUUUGCUAAAUAUAACACCAGAAAACGUUAAAUUAUUAUGUGAAAAUGAUAAAAUCACGUCAACUCUAGACGUAUGUGGGAUUAUUCUGCUCUAAGUUUGUCUUUAGUCAGUGGAUUAUUCGUAUUUUGCUACAAAACUUAACACUUUAUUAAAUCUGCCGCUCUCUAUGGUUUGUUUUAAAAGUAGUAUCAAAUAACAAAAGGCACUUUAUUAUAUGUAGAAUACAAUUAGCUUGAAAACUGAAAGCCAAAAGAAUCCUGUCCAAUUAUGGAACAAUGGAGAUAUGUGCAUUUGCACAUGGAGUGAAGAUGAAGCCUAUUACUACGCUAAAAUAUUAACAGCUGAUUAUGAAAAUGAUAUUUUCACAGUAUCAUUUUGUUUUUAUGAGAAUGUCGAACAGAAAUCCUCUAAAGAUCUGCAUUAUAUUAAUUCUGAGUUUGAGGCGUACGUGACAGACAAUAUGAAUAAAUCAUUUGCACUUUCAAUGAAGGAACAGAUCAGUGAUCAAUGUGAACUCGAGGAAGAUCAUGAUAGUAAACGGGACACAUACGAAUCCUCUGUUCAAGAUGAGGACAUAAAAGAAUUAAAUGAAAUUACUUCUCAUUUGCACAAAACUUCACUUAAUCCACUUAUUCCUCGUAAUAAAAAACAGGGAUCAAAAAUUAAAAAUUCGUGUAAACCUGGACUUAAUGAAUUUUCGGUUGAGAAUAUAUCUCAGUCCACAAAACAGAAUCGAUCAUUAGAUUCUUCAAAUAUACAACAACACAUCAGUGAAUUACAAUUACAUCCAUUAUUGCUGAGUUGGUUUAUUUGUGGUUACCAAACUGGGUUUUACGAAGAGUAUCUCGCGUACCACGGGGACAGCAAUUAGCUCACACGGUGAAGUGUAACUGGUGUAUAUAUUGUACAGUACUUGUAGUGUUUUGUUAGUUAAAACGUGUUAGUGUUGCUUCAUGAAUAAAAUGGUUUAAUUUGUCAA